GGCCUAUAUCGCAUCUCUUUCUACUGCUCUGCUGCUGAUGGCUUAAUAUGUCUCUCUCCUCCCUUGAAGACCUCUCACACUUUUUUCAAAAUCUUCUAUCUGUGCCUUGCCAAGCAGUUGACUACAGCGCAGACUGGGACACACACACCACAAGUUUUCAGACUUGAGACAUUUUAUCUCAAAGUGGAAAACACACAUGAAUCAGAAGCAUUAAGAUAAAUUAGUAAGACAGAUACGCGCACUGAAUUGUUGAACAAAGUUUUUCCUACAUUUGCAAUAUAAAAGACGCUUCAAGACGAGUCAUAUACAAAUCAACUGUCCACCUCUCUCCAGCACCAGCGCAGCAGCAUCAGCCCUAAAUAAUAAUCCAUUCAAUCACCAUACACCACAAUUACUUCCCAUUACGUUACAGUAUUAUUUGCUUUACAUAGGGAUUUGUUAGACUCGUACACACGUACAAUUCUUGUAUGUACAUAAGUUUAUGUACAUAUGUAUGUGUACUGCUCAUUGAACUGGUUUCAUUCGUAUUAACAAAUGUUAAGGAAUCUGGAUAAAACAGAAGCAUUAUAUUUUUCCACAGCUUAGUUUGACGUCUUAACUCGUUCAUGCACAUGGGCAUCAUUACAAACACAAAAUAACAAGUUCGUUGUUUGUCAGCCUUAGAAAUAUUCUUCUUGGCUUCUCUUUCACAAUAAAAUUCCGAGAUUUUGCAGAACAACGAAAAGUGAACACAAAGUACAGUGGUGAAAGUUAAAAAAAUACACACAACUUGUGCAUUCUUGUUAGUGGCCAGAAUUCCCAAUAAAAAAGAAUGUGAUACAUGCGAACUACAAUUUCGAUCACUAAGAAUCUCCAUUUGUUGGCUCCUCGGACGAAAGAAACUUUCACCGUUUAUAUUUUUUAGACUCUUCUUUUAGUCUUGCUUUGGGAACUUUCUGGUUUUCAAAAUGAUGGCUGCUCCGACUUCAGUGGUCGUCUUGGACCGGGGGAAUAACACGACGGUCACUAUAAACUUGCAUGGUGCAACCGUUGUUUCAUGGAGAGUCAAUAACCAGGAACAACUUUUUGUGUCCAAGCAGGCACAAUUCGAUGGGAAGAAGGCUAUACGGGGAGGAAUACCUUUCGUCUUCCCACAAUUUGGACAAUGGAACUAUGGACCGCAGCAUGGAUUUGCUCGGAUUAUUCGGUGGACAUUGGAAAAGAGUCCAGACCGAUUACCCUCAGGGGACGUUGAAGCCGUUUUCUCUCUUAUGGACUCGGAUUUCACGAGGUCCAUGUGGAACUUCCCGUUUAGGCUGACUUAUCGACUAAUACUCAGAGAGAAAGAACUACACUUUAACAUUUGCGUCUACAACCCCAGCAAAGAUCUCACUUUCAGCUUCAACUUACUGCUUCAUACUUACUUCAAAGUUCCAGACGUACGCCGUUGUCAAAUCACGGGAUUACAUGGAUGCACAUUCAUUGAUAAGACGAGAGAUUCGACCAUUUACCAAGAAGGCCGUGAUGUGGUCCAAAUUUCAGAAUGGACAGACCGUAUUUAUCAGAAUACUCCGCAAGAGCAUAUCAUCACAAAUGUGGUGUCCGGCCGAAAAAUGCGUGUUCAGAAAUAUAACUUCCCUGACACGGUUCUCUGGAAUCCUUGGGAAGCUGGGGCCAAGGAGUUGGCUGACUUUGGGGAUGACGAGUACCCAAACAUGGUGUGUUUGGAAGCAGGUCACGUUUCUUCCCCUGUGAUCCUUUUGCCUGGGACUGCAUUUGAAGCGUCACAAAUUCUACAAGUAAUGUGAGACAAAUGAGCAGCCCAUGUUAUACAUAAACAGCUCAUCUUUCUUGGUAAUGAUUUUACCAAAACCGUGAUGGCUUGUGCAGUCACUCACUACCAAAUUAACCAAAUGUUAAUUAAUUUAGAAAAUACACAUUUAUUCACAUUUCUCCAAUCUUUCAUUAAUUCAAACCAGAAGGAAUGAGAGAGUUUGCAAAACUAGCUUCGACAGUUAAUAUAACCAGAAUAUUAUUCAGUAAGAGGCCAGGACUGGGUUUAGAUAGGCCUCACAAUACAUUCAUACAGAAAAAUACUUGUAAUCUUUCCAACCAGACCAAUUGCAUAGUUUGUCGUUUCGUCGUUUGUGCCCGAGUUGAAUUAGUUCUUAUGGUUAAAAAACUUCAUAGUUCUCAUAAAUUAUACACCCUUCAUCAUCACCAACGACAAAAAUAUUCCGAACAAAAAUCUUAAAAAACUACACAUGAAACUUAAUUUUCGUUCACUCCCUUUUCCUUGUAAAGACAUAAAUAACUAGGUAUAAAGGAAAUGAAUACGGAAUGAUACGAAUUUACAUUUACCAUAAUGUUCCUCUCUAUUUGCUACAACAUUUGCAAGCUACUUACAACUAAGCUAGUUACUAACAAUUAAUGAAUACAAAACCAAUAAGGCAUGACAAAUAAGAGAUUCAAGACAUGGGGAAUUUUAGAACUACUGGAGUCACAAAUAGUAUUAUUAUUAUUAAGGCAUAUUUUCAUUACAGUUGAUUUAGUUAAUUUUUGUAUUGCAAAUUCUUUCCAUGAGUUGAUGACUUUUCUAGUUAAUUUGUUACCCAUACAUGCUACACGAUUUGUACACCAUUAGAUACUUAUUAAAAGUUGGAUGUACAUGAAUUUAAUGAAUACGGCAAUAUUGCUCAGGAUAAGUCCUAAAACUAUAAAAUGCCAACAACCAACCAACCAACCAAGGCCUAUAUUUAAGAAUUAACAUUGAUGUCCACAAAAAACUCUUCCGUCUCUUCUUCUGUGAAUAUGUAAUUCAAAGAAAGCAAUAAUAAUUACCCGGUAGACGCCAGAUUAUUAUGCAAUAGUGCAUUAGUAGAACAUAGGUAACUACAUAAUAUGUAAUUACCUACAUACAUAUUAUGUAGGUAUUCAGAUUUGAUAUGCAUUUUGAAACUAAUAAGUGAUAUACAGCAACUUUAGACAUGCAAAUUACAUACAACAAACAGCAGUUCCUUUUUGAAUCAAGAUAAUCAUCAGGUUUAUAAAUACCAUAGGCUCGUUCGUAGUGUUAUUUAAUACAUUUCAGUGUUCGAAAAUAUGUAUAGAUGUAGAACCCGAUAAAAAAUGUUAUUAUUAAACUAUUGUAUUGUAGCAAUUGUACUAUUUCAUGUCUUUAUGUAAAUAUUUACAACUGUAAAUAAAAUGCAUACUAUAUUGAUUGUUCUUCUUACA